AUAAGAUGGGUGACAUCUUCAUCAGUGAAGAAAAUGAGAAACUUCUUGGCGGUCGAGAAGAUGAUGUAGUUGCAGUUGGCGGUAAUUACAACGACGACGAUGAUAGCAUUUCUGACAUUACUACUACUACUACUACUACUACUACUACUACUACUACUACUACUACUACUACUACUACUACUGUUGCCACAACUACAACUAUCGCCACUAACAGUAUAAAUAACAACAAUGCUUAUAACAACGGUGAUAACAACAACAAUACGAAUAAUAGUGACAGCAGCAGCAGCACAACUCGAAAUCGUAGUAGCACCCACCAGCGACAAAACCACGCCAACCACCAACGUCGACAUCGACGCCAUCAGACUAGCAGCGACGACGCAGCUGCCAGAGACUUAUUCUACCUGAACGAUCGUUUUAUUACGGAAGAAUUUCGAAACAAGUGUGCGGAAGUUGCAUAUGACAUUGUCACUUACGUCUGCCAUAGCGGGCCCUAUCAGCCCUACCCUCCCCCUAGUAAGACCACUCGACUGAUGAGGAACCUUGUGAAUGAUUUGGCGAAAAAUCGCGGAGAGCUGAUGGAUGAUAUGGCAUCCCAGAUCGUUUUGAACGCCAAAUCGAUGGAACAACUGGAGAUCCUACUGAACGAACUGGCCUCCGAGAUGUUCAACGACAACGUCAUAACCUGGAACAGGAUAGUGAUGUACCAUGCCUUCUGCGCCUACGUGGCCAAGUUCUGCAAACUCCAUGAGAGCAUUGAGGACAUCGAGGAGGUGGUGGUGAGGAUUCUCGUCGACAUUGUUGUUAACAGACUGGGUCUCUGGAUUGCCACCUGUGGUGGAUGGGCUCAGUUCGACAGUCAGUUCCCUAUGCUAUGCUGCAUACUCCAAAGUGGAUGCAUAUGGAAAGUUCUCCUGUUGGUAUGUGCAUUCAUUGGCACUAUCGUCAUCUUCUAUAAGGCCAUACACUUCCUGGAUAGUUCCAGAAAAAUCUGAUGACGAUGAUGAUAACGACGACGAUGAUGAUGAGGAUAAUUAUAAUGAUAUUGAUGAUGGUGAUGAUAUUGAUGCCGAUGAUGAUGACGAUGAUGAUGAUGGGAGGUAUGAUAAUAUUGAUUGAAUAUGUGAUGAAAAUAAUAGUGAAAAUUAUCAUUGUAGCAACUGUAUUAUUUAUCAAAUGGACAGUAUUACUUAUAACUUGUUGUACUAGUCAAUUUUAACUCUUACAUUUUUAUUGUUUAACGAAUAAUGUUUCAAAAUGAUUUUAGUCUGCAUAAUCCUAAUUCCUCUUUCUUCC